CGCUCUCGUCCCCAUCGUACCUCCGCAGCCCCCCGCCGCCUCGUACCUUCACCACAUCAAUGCUCUCAUACACGGCCUUCGUCUCGUGGACGAUCCAGGGUAUGCUGGUAGAUGCAGCUUCAAGCGGUAAUCUCCCUCCCUUGGUCACCCCCGAGGAACUAAAACUUCCCGGGAGGACGGGCUUUCCCCCUCAGGUGAACAGUGCUUGUGUUCUCAACGCGGCAUGUUCAUUGAACGUCGGGUGCGGCUAUCAGUGGAUAGACCGCAUGUGUUUCGUCUGGCGGUAUGUGAGGUGGAUGAAGGAGAGAGUGGGUUAUACAUCGUUUCACUCGAUGUAUGCGCAUGUAGCUACUCCCAUGUCAUUGCAGAAAGUAUUGAAUUAUACACUGCGUAUGAGGCGUACCGUUUUUCCUCUGCGAUGCAGGCCUAUCUCUUUUGUCUUGCGGUGAUCUUCAAUGGUCUAUAGCGAUAUCCAAAAAAGGGAGCGGUCUCCAGUUACGUCAGCAGACCAAUAAGUGAGUGCGCGGGCCGGUCCGCGAAUGGCCGGCUUCGCC